CAAGUUUGCUGUGGUCUGACGGCAGUAGGAUGGUUAUCGUGGAUGUAUUAUAUUCUUGCUGUAUGAAUGUGAGGCUAUAAUGUGAGAUCUAUCUUAAUAACACACAGGAGGUUUUGCACAGAUCUUUCCUGAACUGCUCCUCAAUCUCACUGCCCACGUGAGGACACAAAGUAGGUGCAGUGCUCCACUGGACAUGGAGAUGGUCAACGUUUGGUGGAAAAUGAGGCUGGAUGUCUUGUUGGGUCAUUGACUAUUGAAACUGCAGGGCGUUGGAUGCGUACUCAACCCACCUGAACAUCCGCUACCAUCCAGUACUGCGAGUUUGAUCUCCAGGAUGACUGUGGUGGUUGCUGGAGAUAAUAUGGACGAGACAUCCUCCACUCUGCAGGGGAAUCCACAGGACUCACAGUAUUCCCCCGAGUGCUGCGAGCGAGUUGUUAUCAACAUCUCAGGGCUGCGCUUUGAGACACAACUCAAGACGCUUGCCCAGUUCCCCGACACACUAUUGGGCAACCCCAAGAAAAGGAUGCGCUACUUUGACCCUUUAAGGAACGAGUACUUCUUUGACAGAAACCGUCCGAGCUUUGAUGCGAUCCUCUACUACUACCAGUCAGGGGGAAGGUUAAGAAGACCCGUCAAUGUACCUUUGGAUAUGUUCUCAGAGGAAAUUAAGUUCUAUGAGCUUGGAGAAGAAGCAAUGGAAAAAUUUCGCGAGGAUGAGGGCUUUAUUCGUGAGGAAGAGCGUCCCUUGCCAGAGAACGAGUUUCAGAGACAGAUUUGGCUGCUAUUUGAACAUCCCGAGAGCUCAGGCCCUGCCAGAGGGAUCGCGAUAGUGUCUGUCAUGGUUAUUCUCAUAUCUAUCGUGAUAUUUUGCUUGGAGACUUUACCAGAGUUGAAGGAGGAUCCACACGGACGGCUCCAGGUGAUAGGCAACAGCACGUUCUACUUCAAGCCAAAUAUUCUUACCGAUCCGUUUUUUGUUGUGGAGACACUCUGCAUCAUCUGGUUUUCUUUUGAGUUGAUUGUCCGUUUCUUCGCUUGCCCAAGUAAACCUGCCUUCUUCAAAAACAUGAUGAACACGAUUGAUGUGGUGUCCAUCAUUCCAUAUUUCAUAACGCUCGGAACAGAGAUGGCAGAGGACCCCGAGGGAGGAAAGGAGGCAAAGGGUGGAGGAGAGCAGGCCACAUCUCUGGCCAUUCUCAGGGUUAUCCGCUUGGUCAGGGUGUUUCGGAUAUUUAAGCUGUCCAGACACUCCAAGGGGCUUCAGAUCUUGGGCCAGACUUUGAAAGCCAGCAUGCGCGAGCUGGGUCUUCUCAUCUUUUUUCUUUUCAUCGGCGUCAUCUUGUUUUCCAGUGCAGUGUUUUUCGCUGAGGCUGAGGAAAAGGAUUCCUUCUUCACAAGUAUCCCAGACGCCUUCUGGUGGGCGGUGGUUUCGAUGACAACCGUGGGGUAUGGAGACAUGUACCCCGUUACUAUUGGGGGCAAGAUAGUAGGCUCUCUAUGUGCCAUUGCCGGAGUGCUAACGAUUGCGCUUCCAGUGCCUGUGAUUGUGUCCAACUUUAACUAUUUCUAUCACAGAGAAACCGAAGGUGAUGAACAGGCACAGCUCCUCACAGUGAGCAAUCAGAACAUCGCGUCUGAUUCUAACUCCAGUCGUCGCAGCUCGUCUGUCGUCAGCAAGUCAGAAUACAUGGAGAUUGACGACGACCUCAAUAACAGCAUUGAUAAUUUCCGUGAGGCGAACCUGCGAACUGGGAACUGCACAGUUGUGAAUCAGAAUUGUGUAAAUAAGGGGAAGCGUCUCACAGAUGUAUAGAUUUCCAAUGUCGUUCUAGGCCAUUAUAGGACGCCCCGGGCUGUAUAUAGUGUACUCUAUUCAUAUAUCAGAGUGCUUUAACAAGGCCUCUGAUAAUGUGCUUUUUCAUUGCGUAUGUUUUAUCUCAAGUCCACGAGAGUUGCUUUGAUUCUGUCUGAAGAAUGGUGGUCUAAAAUCUGCCUAUGGAUACCAAAUAAUAAAUAAUUAAAAGACAGAAUAACUAUUAUAUGUACUUGGGUUAGAGUACUUGCAUAUAUAAAUGACUUUACAUUUUGCAAUGCACCUUAUCCCAAAAAAAUGAUCAGUUAUUCAGUGACUUUGCAAAAAUAAGAUCAGCAUGAAGAACUAAUACUUUCUUGUACCAUAUGUUGACCAUUUGUCUAUUUGCUCAUUGUAGGUUAUUGUAAACCAUAUACAAACUGAAUGUUGAUUAAUUAUGCAGAUCAUGGCAUGUUUUAUGAAACGUUGAGGUCUGUUUGAUAUGGUACUAUGUAUCCUGCUUUAAUUAAUACAUGACAUCAAUACGAACUUUAUCACGUAUAGCCAAGCCGACAGUAUAACUCUACUGAAUUGCAACCACUGCCCACUAAAAGCACAACUUUUUUUAACAUCUUUAAAAACAAAGUAUUUAAAGUCAGUUCCAGGCAGUAUUACAUUUUAAAAGUAUGACUUUAUUUGUUAAAGCUUUUUAUAUGUACAUAUUCAGUUCUACGCUAUCAUAAGAUCUCUUUAUCUAUAUUAAAUAUAAUAACUGUAAUUAUUAUAUUUAAUUAUAUAUUAUACUUAACACAAAUGCAUAUUUAAUAAUUAUUAUUUAAAUGAAUAAUUUAAUAGUGCCUUCAGUCCUCUAACUGGCAUAGAGUGUCUCAACAUGCAAUAGUUACUGUAAAACAUUUGCAUAUCUAAUCACACAUGAUGUGUCGAGGGAUAUUCCAGGACCACUGGGGUUGAAUUUCAGGAAGCGGUCCCUCAGCAUCCUUGUACAUACAAUAGCAGUUCAUCUCGCAGGAUCAGGCAUUGCUUUACAAAGAAAUGUGAGACAUGCAGUGUUUUUUUAAUUUUUAAUUUUAUUAUUUAUUAUUAUUAUUAUAAUUUUUUUUUAAUUUUUUUUUUUUACAUUUUUAUGUAUUCUUUUGUAAUGGCUUUGUUUUAUUCAUUGGUUUCUUUGGAUCUACCUCAGUGUGGUCAUGCAUAGUAUGCUUGUGAAUACAAACUUCAUAUCCUGUCAAAUUAUCCAGUCAAAUUAUGGGGAGUGUGGGAGGGGGUUUGGUGGGGGAAAGAGUAUGCAAUGGAGGUGAAACGAUUUAUUUCAAAAUAAGAGUCCAUAAAAUUAUAAUUACAAAGUCCAGAAAGUGAUGCUAAGCACAAGCGCUAAUAGUGCUAUAUAAUACGCACAGGUCUGCAUCAGGGACUGCAACUGGUAGAAACUGCCAUUACUUUUAAUAUCCGUAACAAUGUGAGUUGAGAUCUAAAAAGAACACCUUUAAUUAGAGUGUAAGUUUUGUCUAUCUAAACCUAAUGCACUUUAAUGAGAAUUUAUGUAUUUAUAGGUUUCACAACGAGAAUGACUAAAAAAGCGAAAGGCAAAAUAAAGAAUCUAACAGCAUUGUGUUGAUUUGUCCAUGUUAAGGAUGUGUGUAUAUUUGCAGGACAGCAUCUUAACCAGCAUAGGUGUUUCGCAACCCUUUAAUUCGUUCUUUAGGGCAUUUAUGAUAUUCACUUAAAUAAUAAACAUCACAACGGUGGUGCUUUGCCAGCAAAAUAAAUAGCUGAGAUUAAAGAAAAUCUUUAAGAAAAUAUAUUUUUACAAAGUGUUUAUACAGUUAUGUAUAAAAGAAAUACAUACCAGAGUGAUGUUUAUUUAUUAUGACUAUAGAUGUCUACAGUUUGAGAAACACUUUUAUAUGAAAUGAAUUGAAUACCAUACAAAACAGUGGACCAAAAAUACUAAUUUAUGUACGUUAUAAAGAUGGAAACAAAAAUUUCAAUGCUAAAAAAACAAUUGUCAAUAUAUUAUGUUACAGCAAAUUCUAUAUAUCUGUAAAAUAACCAGACAUCUAAUAACCAGGGUUCUGAAUCAUUAUCAUUAUCACGUGUGGGGAUUAUCAUGUGUAUUUUCAUCUGGGCUUCUAAUGUUUUUAGCAUCAUUUUUUUUUUCUUUUGAAGAUGAAAGAGUUUGAUAUAAGCGAGUGAAUUGGAAUGUAUCUCUGUACAUUUCUGUAUUUUUUUAUUUUUUAAAGGGCCUGGUUUUCAUGUUGGGUUUAUCACAUGAGUGUUAUGCCAUAAAUUCAACUAAAGCACUUUGAUAUUAUGCAUGCAGGCAGCUCUGGGCUUACGUUGCUCUGACAUGAAUCAUGCAAAUGCUGGGAAAAGCUUUUCUUUCCUUAAACAAUCAAAUAAUUUAAUUGUGAUCAAAAUGAUCUAAUACCCUUAUUUCAGUUGUUUUUGGUGUUUGACCAUUUUAAUAUGUGUUGACUAUUCAUGGAAUGAUAAGGUGUAUUCUAUGACAUGACUCUAUGACCAUUUUAAGUCUUUUUUUUUUUUUCUUACAGUUUUUAAAGAAUGUUUUUCUAAAUUCAUUUCAACUCAGUCUUUAGGAUAAAUAAGAAGCUGCAAGGAUUCACAUUGAUAAAUAAAUCUAAUUAAAAUCCUCAUCUUGUCUCAUCAAGGACUUGUUAUUUCUGUUCAAUUUAAGCUCAACAGCUCACCCUAUGAAAGCACAUGAAACUGGAAAUGGGGUCACAACAAUUCAAAGGUCU